AUGGUGGUGAGUACUGGAUCACUGUGGUAUUUUAGGAUCCCAUUGUUUAUAUUUAAAAGACUACAAGACAUGUCACCCAACCAAAAUUAUUUUAAGGGGCACGUGGGCCCAAGUGUGAAGACUGCUAUCUUAAGGGUACUUUUAAGUAUUUUUCUUCCAUGGAUACAUAAAUUGCAUUUUUUCUCCUUUCAGCGAGAAAAGGUUCCAGAGGAAUACUUCGAGCAUGAUCCUGAACACAAAUUCAUUUACAGAUUUGUUCAUACUCUUUGUAGUGCCACACAGCUAACUGCUGAAAGUGCAGUAAUAACUUUGGUUUACUUAGAAAGGCUUUUAACUUAUUCUGAGAUCGACAUUUGCCCCACUAACUGGAAAAGAAUUGUUUUGGGAGCCAUUCUUCUUGCCUCCAGGAUUUGGGGCGAUGAUGCUGUAUGGGAUGUGGAGCACAGCCAGAUCCUCAAGGACGUUACAGUUGAGGACAUGAAUAAGAUGGAAAGGCACGUCCUGGAGCGACUUCAUUUUAAUAUUAAUGUUCCUUUCAGUGUGUAUGUCAAACACUACUUUGACCUUCGCUCCUUAGCAGAUGACAACAACCUGAAUGUUCUAUUCACUCCUCUUAGCAAAGAAAGAGCACAGAAGUUAAAGGCCAUUUCCAGAUUGUGUGACGACGAAUACAAAGACGUGUGUAGAGCUGCUAUGAGAAGGUCUUUCAGCGCUGAUAAUUUCAUUGGUAUUCGGCGCUCCAAUGCCAUCCUCUCUUAAGGGAGAAGUGAGGGGUUGUAACAUCAUAAACCCCUUGAAACAAGGACUGGAGAAAUAGCACCUCUCCUGCUCAGAAACCAGCAAAGUUAGUAUUUUCACCUUAAAGAAAGACAUUGAAUUCAAGAGACUCAUGGACAAGCGAAGAUUAUGCUCAUAGGAAAGAACGGGACCUCGUCAAUGUAACACGCUCUUCUGUCCUUUUUAUUGUAAGCAGAGUUACAAAAACCACUCCAAAGCUAAAAGCUCCCAAUCCAUGCACAGAUAUCUGCUCCCAAUCUACACACAGAUAUGUGAUAGCUGAGAACUAUGUGAGGUUUUUUAAUUAAUAGCUUAAAUUUUUAGACUUUAAAGACACUAACUAUAUAACUUCUAUGUUUUUCUUGCCUCACUGUCCCAUACUGCUGCAUAUUCCUUUAGAAUCAGUGCAGUAUUACCAUCAAAAAAUGGGACUCCAAAAAAAAAAAAAACAAAAAAAAGAAAAAAAAAACAAAAAAAAGAAAAAAAAAACAAAAAAAAACAAAAAAAACAAAAAAAAACAAAAAAACAAAAAAAAAACAAAAAAACAAAAAAACAAAAAAAAAAUUUCAUGUAAUGUCUGAAACAUUUAUAUUAACAUAUUUCCAUACAAAUAACCCAAUGAAAGUUUAGUAUUAGUUGUUUUGUUUGUUUUUUUAUAAAAAUCCCACAAGGACUCAGAGGAAAAGAAUAUACAAAUCAAUUUUCACUGCAAAGUAAAGGAGCUGUUACAGUGGAGGAUUACUGGACUGAAUGUCAAUAUUAUGACAUAGUAUAAGUGUGUUUCAUGUUUGGUAAUUGCAAUCAUUGUUGCUUUUGUUGUGGUCAUCCAUGUACAAUGCUUGGUGUCAGUCUAUCUAUCUCUUGUAAAAAUAAAAUACAGUGUGUGUGUGUGGAAAAAAACA